AUGCUGCUUUGGAUUGUCCUGCUGAAAAGCUGCGCUUUGUUUUGGCCGGUGGAAAUGUUACAGAGGGACGUUUAGGAGCAGAUAUGCUCCUGCAACUAUGGAGGAGAUCUGCACAUAGACUGCGAAAAAAGGAGCUUCACCACUCUGCAGCAUUUGACGGCCCGAGCUCGAAGUUUAUCACUUGCUGCUGCACGGAAUUCUCUAUCCAGGCUCUUUCCCAACGAGUUCGCCAACUUUUACAACGGGAGCCUGCAUUUGGAAAACAACGGCUUGCACGACAUCGUCCCCGGCGCCUUCAUGGGACUGCAGCUGGUGAAAAGGCUGCACAUCAAUAACAAUAAGAUCAGAUCGUUCAGGAAGAGUACGUUGGGCUUAGACGACUUGGAAUAUCUCCAAGCUGAUUUUAAUCUACUGAGGGGAUAUUGACCCGCCGUUUUCAGGGACCUAAAUAAACUUGAAGUGUUAAUACUUAAUGACAACCUCAUCAGUGCGUUUACCUAUAAACGUGUUUCAACAUGUGCCAUUACGCAUCUCGACCUGCGGGGAAACCGACUCAAAACGUUGCCUUAUGAAGGGAUUCUGGAGCAGAUACCGGGCAUUGCGGAGGUUUUGUUGGAGGACAACCCGUGGGACUGUAACUGCGACCUGGUUUCCCUUAAGGAAUGGCUGGACAUACCGCGGAACGCGCUUAUCGGGAGGGUGAUAGGCGAGGCUCCCACCAGGCUACAGGGCAGCGACUUGAACGAGACGUCAGAAGCGGAUCUGUGCCCUUCACUGAGUGGCGGCGGGGACAUCAGCCUGGUCGCCCCUCCCACCCAGGAGGAGACCUCCAUGGCCCAUGACACGCACCCCAUGCCUUACAAGCCCAACGGAAAUACCAGCGGACCCCCGACUCCCGGCGGCGGGCCCAACAAGAGCCACCCCAAACCUGGUGAGAACUGGCCUAAAACUAAGCCCACUACAGCGGUGCCAGGUGUGGGCAGAGAGCAGCUGCACAACAUGACGUGCCCCCAGCCGUGUAACUGCAAACUGGUCGGCUUCCAGAGGGGCUGGGGGUAAAACUGUGAGAGCAAGAAGAUCGAGAGCCUGUCCAACCUCAAGCCCAAACCUUUGGCUGCUCACGAGCUGAACAUGAGAGAUAACAACAUACACGCAGUGAAAAAGAACCAGCUGCUCUGUUACUCGAGCCUCAACCUGCUCGAUCUGGGCGGGAACAACAUCAAGGUGAUUGACAACAGCACGUUCCAAAACCAGAGCGAGUUGCGGUGGCUGUACUUGGAUAAGAACUAUCUGGAGACGCUGAUGGCAGAGAUGUUCGUGGGCCUCGUGAAUCUGGAAUAUCUCAGUUUGGAAUACAACGACAUCCAGCUCGUAGUGGCAGGAGCAUUUAGCCCCAUGCCAAACCUGAGGGUUCUCUUCCUCAACAACAACUUACUCAAAUCUUUACCCGUGGAUGCUUUCCUUGGAAUUUCUUUAUCCAAAAUUAGCCUGCAUAAUAACUACUUCCCCUAUCUCCCCGUGGCUGGCGUGUUAGACCAGCUCAACUCAAUCAUCCAGAUCGAUUUGCACGGGAACCCGUGGGAUUGCUCGUGCAACAUUGUGCCCUUCAAGCAGUGGACGGAGAAACUCGGGGCCGACGUGAUAGUGAGCGACCUCAAGUGUGAGUCCCCGGAAGAGUUCUGGAAGCGAGACUUCCGUUACGUCCGGAACGACCUAUUGUGCCCCAAACUCUACGUCUCCCCCACGUCUUUGUCCAAAAACAGCACUUUCACGCAGGACUCGGGGACCCGCUCGAACUCUUACCUGGAGCCCAACAGGGUCUCCAUCUCCGUGCGUCCCGGGUUGCUGCUGGUGUUCGUCACAUCCGCGUUCACCGUGGUAGGAAUGCUCUCGUGUAUUAUUUUGCGGAAUCGAAAGAGAUCGAAGCGGAGGGAUGGAAACUCCUCCGCCUCGGAGAUCAAUUCCUUACAGACUGUGUGUGACUCGUCUUAUUGGCACAGCGGGCCUUAUCACGCAGACGGGGGCGCGCACCGGGGCUUCGACUGCAGCACGCACCUCUCCACGACAAACGAUGCGUAA